GUUGCAGUGUGAAAUGUGAAAAUGGGGAUAUCUAGCUUUCUGUCAGAAAGAAAAAGAAAAUGUCAGAGAUUGAUAUCUACUGCCACAUAAAAUCUCAGCUAGUUUCAUGUGAAUUUGCAACAAAAAUACAAUUUGUCAGUUGUAACCUUUAAGUGUGUACUGUACUAUGAACUUCAGUGUGAAGGCCUUUCAAGAUAUUUGGGCAGACAUCAUAAGAUUUUUUCUUUAGAGAAAUGCCACACUGUUAACCUGUUAUUUGGUCUGUGUAUCUGUCAGCCCCUAUUAGGGUUUAGAUAAUCAUUUCACACAACCCCUGUUUCUAUUAGUAUGGCUAACAGGUUUCAAAGAAAACAAUCCCACCCCUCACCUACUUCUUAAAGUCCAGCUUAAUACUUGAUGCCUACUAUUCAGCGAUGGUGUACUCAGUAAUCCCAACAAACAUACUGUACAUUGUUCUGAGGUGAGUGGUUUAAGUGGACCUUAAGUGUUUGUUAUUCGUGCAUUCAGUCCUACUGAGAGUGUUUAAUACUGCUCGGUCAUGGAUUGAAGCGUCCUGCUAAUGGUGGAAGACAAGAUAGGUGAUAAAGUGAUUCUACGCACAUAUCUAACUAAAUGAAAGGAAAGUAGAUUAACCUGUGAGGCACUAAGUGAGGGUCAGCUGUAGGAUCCUUUCACAGCUUGCAAUUAAGUGUUUACAUUAACACAAGUGCAAAGUCACUCCCUCUGUUCGCGCUGAUCUGUCUGUGAUGGUGAGGAGUUAAGUCACAGACACGUGCAUGAAGAAAUCUCCUGUUUGUGGUAAGGUUCAGGCAGCCGGUGCAAAGGUUAGCUUGGAGCUGCUGCAUAACUGACGCAGCUGCUGGUCUGAUAGGAACAUUGUGAAAUCUUUGGAGUGGCGCACAAAGGUAAACAUUCAUUUGCCAGGGUUAAUUUAGGGUUGUGUUCCUGUGACAGAGCACGGUGAGGUGAAGGGGUGUGAUGUAUAGGCAUUACAUUGUGUCUGUAUUUGAGAAGUAAGUUUUAAAAUUCAGCUUUUUCUUUCAGUUUCCAGGCUUUUGUGUUUGUUCGGCUCACAGUACUACUUUUUGAAUCGUAUAAUACGUGAACCUUUAAGAGAGCGUAAACCCUCUCACCCCUGAGGUGGCUGAAGGACGGCACCAGUAGUGGCACCCCCAGACCUCCUGAGAGGUUUAGGCUGAGGAGACCAUGACUGUGACCGGAGGCAAGGCUGCGGGGCCCUCCUCAGCAGAGGAGCCCAGUGCCAAGCUGUUCUGCUGCGGCCCUCUGAGGCGCUGGGUCCCUCUGGCACUCAGGGAAGAGCUCUACCACAUCCUGUGCAUGACCGGACCCCUGCUUACAUGUCGCAUUCUAAAUUACCUCCUGCCCUUCGUCGUGACGAUCUUCUGUGGUCGCCUGGGGAACAGUGCUCUGGCAGGUUAUGCCAUGGCCUGCGCUGUUAUAAAUGUGUCAAGUGCAGCAACGGGACUUGGAUUGAGCCUGGCCUGUGACACGCUCAUCGCUCAGACAUUUGGGGCGAAGAACCUGCUGCGUGUGGGGGUGAUCCUGCAGAGGGGCAUCAUCAUCCUGCUGCUCUUCUGUCUGCCCUGCUGGGCACUGCUGCUCAACACCCAGGCCAUCCUGCUGCUGCUGGGACAAGAGCCCGAGGUGGCCAGAAUUGCAGAACUGUAUGUGUUUGCAUAUCUGCCUGCCAUACCGGCUUUGUUUGUGCAUCAGUUACUGAUGUCCUAUCUACAAAACCAGGGGGUUUUCCUUCCACAGGUGUUGUCAGCCAUGUUGGCCAACAUUGCCAAUGUGUUAACCAACUACACUCUGGUGUCCUGGUUGGACCUUGGAAUCGUAGGGUCUGCAGCAGCCAACUCCCUAUGCAUAAUCUACAACGUGCUGUUCCUGUUCCUCUACAUCUACUGGAAAAGGCUGCAUGCGAUCACAUGGGGAGGCUGGAGCAUUGACUCCCUGCAGGAGUGGGGUUCCUUCAUGAGGCUGGCCCUCCCCAGCGCCUGCUUGUGCUGCUUCGAGUGGUGGAUCUACGAGAUUGGAGGAUUCUUAGCAGGUAUGCUGAGUGAGGAGGACCUUGCAGCCCAACAUGUGGUCAUAAUGCUGUCUUACAUCAACUACAUGAUUCCUUUAGGGGCCCAAGGUGUUGCCUGCGUCCGUGUGGGAAAUGCACUGGGUGCCGGAGACACUGCAGGGGCCAUCUUAACCAGCAAAGUGAUUUUGAUCCUUGCAGCUGUGUUGGCAGUUUUUCAAGGUCUUGUCCUGGGCGGCACAAAAAAUGUAAUUGCAUACAUUUUUACUUCUGAUGAGAACAUUGCAGCGCUGGUUGCAAGACUUUUAGAUGUCUACUGUGUUCUUCAGUUCUUUAACGGAAUCAUGUGUGUCAGCAUGGGUAUUCUUCUCGGAUUAGGACAGCAGAGAAUAGCAGCUAUAGCUUUUUCAGUUGGAUACUACUGCUUUGGGCUUCCACUACUCAUAGCCUUGGUGUUUGCAGCUCAGCUGGAUAUUAUUGGCUUUUGGCUUGGUCUCCUCAUCUCAACCGUGUUCCUGGCAGUCUUCUUCAUCGUAGUCAUCUUCAAGCUGGACUGGAAGAAAAUGACCAAAGAGGCCGUCACUCGAGCAGGCAAAGAGGUCUGUGGGGAUUUGAUGACAUCACUAUCAGAGCCUGAACCGGAUCUUCUGAUGUCAGGAGGCAAAGGCAUGGUUCAGGCAGAGAACGGCCAUGGGUCUUUGGUCCAUCAGGGGCAGGAAGGGCUGAGAGCUCAGAGCAGUGAGAGGCAGCAGCCUGCAGCUCUGCUCUCCUCCUCUCAGCUCCUCCUCAGGAGAGGCCUCACCGCACUGGCCACCCUCCUCAUCCUCGCUGUGGGAGUCACAGUCCACCUCCUCCUGCCUCUACCGGAGUCGUCCUGGGCCUCAAGAACCAACGUCACCAUAGAGGCUGGAAACUGGACCACUGCCACUCCACUGGAACAAACUACACUAGCUUUUCUAACGAAAAACCUUUAGCCAUGGCAUGACAUAAAUAUAAUAUAAUAUAAAUAUAUAAUGUGCUUUCUUAUAUAGGUCAUAAAUCCACAUGCAGACUGUGUCUGAAUAGUUAUCAUGUUGCUAGUUCCAUUUUAGCAACUACAGAUAUCAACUGCUGGGAUGGUGAAGAGUUUUUUUUUUCUGAAGAGGUCAGCUUGUACAGUAACACAAAUCUAUAAAAUGUUUUGUAUAUUGGUAUUUGUAUGAUGGAAUACACGAUUGUUUAUCGGCACGAUCACAUAAUGGUGUACAUAUGGUUUAAAUGAUUAAAGUGAAACACAGGGAUAUAUUCAUUGUAGCUCAAUACUGAGCUCAGCCCAACAUAUGAUGCUUGGAUUACUGAUUUUCUCUAUAUUGACCCUCCUUUACUUUUAGUAGCUACACUUUUUACAAUAAAAAUGACUUUAUAAUAAAA